CAAUCGCAAGACCGGAUGGUGAGACCACGCCCGCCGCCGCCAUCGGUGGCGGCCCCGCCCCUCGGAGCCCACGUGCGGAGGCAGAGCCGGGGUCCCCGCGCGGGUCGCCGAGGCCCAGAGUCGCCACGUCACCGGCGGGGGGCGCCGCACCCCAGCCGGGGGCCGCACGAAGGCCGGGCCUGGAGGGCGCGGGGACGGAGCGGGGGAGCCGGGGAGGGCGGCGGCCGCCGGGCGCACUCGGAGGGGCGUUCCGGGGGGCGCGGCGGCGGGCGGGGCGCGGCGGGGGGCGGGGCGGCGCGGUGUUUGUUGCGCCGCGUCAGUUACAUUGUAACAAAGUGGGACCCCGCGCCCGCGCCCGCACCCGGCCUAGCGCCGCCGGCAUGGAGCCCGUGGCCAGAAACAUCCAGGUGCUGCUGCAGGCCGCCGAGUUCCUGGAGCGCCGCGAGAGAGAGGCCGAGCACGGCUACGCGUCCCUGUGCCCGCACCGCGGCCCCGGCGCGCCCCACCCGGCACGAAGGCGACCUCCGCAGGCUGGCGAGCUGGACAGCGGGCGGUCUGCGCACAAUGAGCUGGAGAAGCGUAGGUGAGUCCCAGCCCCCAGGCCUGCCUCCCCUCAGCUGCCCUACCGUUGUCCCUCUGUCCAGCCAGGCCGGCUGGCACUGCCCUCCAGAUCCCUUCCCCCGCAGGAGGGCCCAGCUGAAGCGGUGUCUGGAGCAGCUGAAGCAGCAGAUGCCCCUGGGGGCGGACUGUGCCCGGUACACCACGCUGAGCCUUCUGCGCCGGGCCAGGGUGCACAUCCAGCAGUGAUCUGACCAGGUCCACCUGCUGCUCGGCCCCUCCCAGCUCAGGCCUUGCUGCUCCCCAUGCUGUUGACAGCAGCUGAGCUGGCACACUGCUGGCUGCCCGCCUGGACAGUGGGCUUUGCCUCAGCCCCCAGUCCUGCUGACUGGGCACCACAGGCUUUUGAUGGCGGAGCCUGGAAGGGGCGUGGCAGAGAGGAAGCCUUCAGGCUCCUGGGCGGCUCUGGCCCACAGCAACAUCGAUGGCCCCUUUGGUCUGUCUGGGAGGAGCUGGUGGCAACUUUUCUGUUUCCUUUCAAAGACUGGGACACCUGGCAGCUCCAGGCCUAUCCCAAGGGCAGUGGUGGGCUCUGCCAGGGAACGGCCUUUAAGUUUUGUGGUCUCUUUCCCCACCUCACAGGCCUGGGGAGGGGGCCUGGCUGCACAGGGAUAUGGGAGCUGCCCUGGGACCCCUACUUAGUGAGCCCCCAGGACACUGACCACU